AUGACCCGAUCUGAGGCUAGAUCGGGAGUGCGUGUGGGAUCUGAUCCAGAUUCCUUACGAGAGGAAGUCGUGAGAGAGCUACGGAUCGAGCGGAUCCGACAAGCGCAGGACGAGGAGUCGUGGAUCAUGGGCUUGAAGAAGUAUUUGAUCGGGGAGGUCCGGGAUCUGACACAAGAAGAGGCUAAGAUGUUCGGAUCUAUUGCCAUGAAUUACGAAGUGGAUCAGCUGGAUCUACUCUUCUAUUGCUCGACAUCUAAGGAAACUGCCGCAUCGAGAUAA